AUGCAGUUCCUUCUUACCUAUAUACUAUUUCACGUCUAUCUUCUCUAUGCCACACUCUAUGGCGUCACUCAACUCAUAGUUCAUCACACACGCAUAAAAGGAUCGCACAUUAUACCAAUGUUACCAUCUGUAGCACACUGCAAAGAAAAGGUUAUAAUGUUCGUGACGUCGAUAUUUGUCUGGCAUUGGUUUUCAAGGAGUGUUCUGGGAAUUUCGGCUGGCUGGGAGUAUGUUACUUCUUGGGUGGUCAAUCUUCGACCACAAAUAAAUAUUAAGCCUCAGCUGAAACUAGUCAAUGCCUCGGAUUCCUGCCAUUCGAAUAAAUCUAAUUUAUCGAUAAAUAUGGAAGAAGUCAAAGCGGAUGUGGACGUGUUCCUAAGUCCUGAGAAGGAAGAAUUUGCCGAAUUGAUGAAAGGCUUCCAGAGGGCAACUGAUACCGCUUCGUUCGCCAGUGAUCUUGUGUCUUCAGUGGCAGCAAGUAUCACACCAUCGGAUUCCGUUGAAUCGCUGGGAGCCUGGUCGUCCUCUGGCAUUCUAGAAGACCAGGACGAGGUAGAUUUGGACGCAGAGUUUGACAAGGCUUGCUUACUACAGGUGUCUGGCUCAGGCGGCUUUCGGUCGCGGAUUCCACGUCCCCAAGCAGUGGAGCGUUUCCGAAUCAGAAAUGCCAUCGCCAACUCGCAACUCCGUCAGCGAUUUCUCAGGCGGAACCCACCAUCCGACAACGAAGAGGCCAAUCCUCGUUCGGUUACGAUGCUACUUGAAAUAGUAGUAUAG